AUGAGGCCCAUCAUCCUACACAACGUCCCGGACGAGGAGCUCUACACGGGUGAUGACGGAGUCCAACGACCGUAUGCUGUGGUCUGGCCCGAAGGCGAUCGCUCGCGCACUGCACCGCGCACACGUGCCCGCGAAGUCAACGAGUCUGGUUCUUUCGGCAAGUCGACCAGAAGGUCUCGGUCGCGGACCGGCAGCGCGCCUCCGAAACGCGGGGAUGCGACUAUGCAGAGCGCCGACAAGGUCUUUUCCAGCUACAUAGCCAGUCGACAGCAGACACCUAUUGCGAACGAACCCACCCAAAGAAAGUCGAGCUACCUUUCCCAGACCGCCAUCGCGCCUUCGCAAGACGACCCAGCUGCCGCCGCACAAGCCCUCGCCUACGCUAAGCAACCAGUCGAGAUCAUACUGAGGGGCUACUCGUCGCCGUCGCAGCAGUACGCCGCUAUCAACCACUACGAGCAGCUGGCGGGGAGAAUAUGCGAGGAUUACUCAAGAGAACCGCCCAUCGAGGCCCGGCGGUACAAGUCUGAUCUGCGAGAUCCCGCCCUCACGACAAGACAGCCGCUGUCAAACGAGGAACGGAAACGAGUCAACAAGUUUGCUGGCGGGGAACACUGGAUCAAGGUCACAUUCGAGUCGCAAGAGGCAGCUGAUUCCGCCAUUUACGCCUCUCCACAGAAGAUCAUGGGCCAUCUCGUCUAUGCAGAACCGUACCGCAGCCUGCCUCCUCUCGAGGAUGCUGCCGUUCUUGACUUGAUGGGAGAUGUUGGGAUGCUCGAUCCGACGAGAUCGAAUACUGUUCGCGGACGCGGUCGACGACCCUCAGAGGGCCGCAAUAAGAGUGUGACACUUCCCAGGUCUUUCUCGACACCUGGCGCAGACCGAAACACAGGAACAAAUGGUCAACUUGGCUCGCCUCCUGAUUCUCAAACCUCAACCCAGACCAUGGAUAGCGCAACUAUAUCGGCAUCUUCUGCCACCGCCUCUACAGCUACGGUGACGGGCAUGUCAGUCAAUCCGAAUGCAGAGAACGAGCUAGAGGUAGCCAACGGUACCUUGAGUCGACGCAUUCCCACAGCGAAGCGAUUGCAGCUCCUGCCGGCCGAAGACGCCUUGGUCAAGCAGCCCAAGUGGAAUGAGCGGCUGCUGGCCUUGGUUCCCCUGCUGGGAUGGUUCGCUAGCGGCGUCAUCGGAAACGAGGUCCCCCGUAACGAGAUGGGAGAUUUCGACAUGAACAAAGCCAGUCUGUACUGGAAGAUCAUGUUCUGGCUCGACUACUGGUUCAGCCUCUUUGGCCGGGAGCUCGUUAGUAACGAGAAGGACGAUUGA